UCAGUGCGCCACCUCAAUCCCACAUCACAUGGGGCGCUCGUUCCUCGACGCCUCGUACAUUUUGUAGAACAGCGGCAAGAAAUGGUUGCUCCGUGAAAAGCUUGUAUGUGCCAAUUGCGUUUAAGGAAUUGAAGCCGGGAGAAUCUACCUUCGUCAAGAGACGGAUCUGCUCCAAAAAAAGAGCCUCCGAAUUGUUUAAUCGGAGGAGUAACAUUAACAAGCUUGGUGGGGAGAGCCUAUUAAUUACGCAAAAAUUACAUUGCAGUGCGCUCCAAAGAAUCAACUCCCUUGUUAGGUAAAUGUAGCUUAGCUGGCUAGCUUUAUGAUUGCCAGUUUGCCACUGGAAAAGGGAGUGUUGAAGAGGUUUAUUCAGCCUGCUCGCAAGCUAACGCUGAGGAGCCGUUUUGCUUUGAGUUCAUUGGGUUAGCUACAUUAUUAGCUAGCUAACAAGUUAAAUUCGCUUAAUUAGUCAGCAUAGAUUUGGCUUGCUAGGUAAGUUGGCUCGUCGACUGACUAAAAAUAUCUGACUGGCGAAUAAACCCAGCUUGUUUACACAAAGAGCAAACUACCUAGCGCAAAACUAAGGUUAGCUACCUAUCCAACGAGCUACUUGGUCAGCUAGCUACACACGGAUACAAAAAUUGUCUUACCAGGUAACGUUAGCUGAUCUGGAAAGAAAUCAGAGCAACGCUAACGUUAGCUAGCUAGCUAAAUACGUGCGAUCGAGUGAAGAAAGGACUGCAUUUGGUUAACGUUUCCGUGGCUGAUGAUCCGGACAGAACAGUAAAGGGACGAAAUAUCUCAAUUGCAAGAUUUCAUCUUUUUUUUGGGCGGACGAAACAAAGAAGCAAAACGUUUCCAAAAGGCUUAACCUCUUGGUCGUGGUUACAAAGGAAUACACAAUAAGAAACUGACAUGAUGUUUCCACAAUCCAGACACUCGGCUUCCUCCCAGUCAUCGCAACAGCUGAAGUUCACGACCUCGGACUCCUGCGACCGAAUCAAAGACGAGUUCCAGUUCCUGCAAGCGCAGUAUCACAGUCUGAAGUUGGAAUGUGACAAGCUGGCCAGCGAGAAGUCCGAAAUGCAGCGUCAUUACAUCAUGUACUACGAGAUGUCCUACGGCCUCAACAUCGAGAUGCACAAACAGGCAGAGAUUGUGAAGAGGUUAAACGGGAUCUGUGCCCAGGUGCUGCCUUACCUGUCACAGGAGCACCAGCAGCAGGUCCUCGGAGCCAUUGAGAGGGCAAAGCAGGUCACUCCCCCAGAGAUGAACUCCAUAAUACGGCAGCAGCUCCAGGCUCACCAGCUGUCCCAGCUCCAGGGGCUGGCCCUGCCCAUGACCCCUCUCCCACUGGGCCUGACUCCCCCCACCCUGCCGGCGGUCACCUCCAGCUCCGGCCUCUUCUCGCUGUCCAGCAUCCUGGCCUCACAGGCCCACCUGGCCAAGGAGGAGAAGGCCGCCCGCGAGGGGGGGGAGAGCCACCGCGACGAGGACGGAGACAAGUCCGACUGAGCAGUCCUGCUGCUCCUCCCGUCCGCUGGAACGCGCUCUCUCUCUCUCUCCCCUUCACUCUCUCUCUCCCCUUCUCCCUCUCUCUCUCUCCCCUUUACUCUCUCUCUCCCCUUCUCCCUCUCUCCCCUUCUCCCUCUCUCCUUCUCUCUCCCCUUCUCCCUCUCUCCCCCCUUCUCUCACUCUCUCUCCCCUUUCUCUCUCCCCUUUCUCUCUCACUCUCUCUCUCUCUCCCUCUCCCCUUCUCCUCUCUCUCUGUCUCUGCUUUGUGUUCUGCUCCUGAGUCAUUCCUUUGAGCCUCUUUUUAAAAUAUAUUUUUUGUCUUUUUCUCUCCUUUUUUUUUGUUUUGUUUGUUUUUCUUUCUUUUUUCGCAAAAUUAUUUCUAAUCAUUCAAGUAUUUAAUCUUUAUUUAAUUUUCAAGCUUCCGGAUUUGCUUCCCCCUCCCAACGCCCCCCCCUCCCCGCACCCCCAUCCCCCUCCCUGUUCCCCUCUUUCUUGUUUUUCUUUGUCCUUUGCCCCUCCAUACAUCCUGUAAAAAAUAAAAAUAAAAAGUUAAAAAUCCCUGCUCCCCCCCCUCCCCAAAAUCCAAUCCCCUGAUCCUUUGCUCCAUCGAUAGAAUUCUCGCUUCUGUUCCAGUUGUGAUUGACAGCCGAGCACGAGGGCCGCCCCUCCCCCCACCCGGGGGUAAUCUCGGCGGUAAACAGGAAGUGUGAUCGGCGUGUAGAGUUAGCGAACAUCCAGUUUCACUGAAGCCAGGAAAUGUGCAGUAUUUCCUCCAGGUCUUGGUUCUGAUUAUAUCUAAUGUUGGAUUUCAUUUUUCCGACUUAUAGAACUUUGCAUCCUGUAGGUUUGGGGGGUGGGGGGGGGGGAACUAAGUUGGAGGGGUAGUCCCCCCCCCCCCCCCCCCUCAUGCAGCAACCAGAUUUUUUUUGUUGAUACUCAACCCCGUGCGGUUAAUGUUGACUGAGUCUCUCUGUGUGCUGUUCACAAUCUAGAUGGAAAAAGUAAGAAUAAAAACUAGCGAUGGUAUCGGUUAGAAGGUGAAGCUCAGCUGGGCUCGUGUACGUGUGAGAUAAAGAUUUAUAUUUUUCCCCUUGUGUUAAAAAAAAAAAAAAAAUCAACUUAAAAAAAAAUGCAUUGUGACCCCUUAUUUUUCUUUUCUGUGUGUGUGUGUGUGUGUGUGUGUGUGUGUGCACAAUCCAUUCUCCCUUUGUGUUUGAUUGGUAGAGAGUAAAACAGAGUGGGGGGGGUUGGUGUGGAGGGUUGACCCUAUCGCUCAAUGAUUCUGUGCUGCUGUUCACAGGCUUCAGCGUUAGCGUUAGCGCUGCGCCCAUGGAGGCCACACAGUGGGGUUAAAACCAGAGCAGAAGAUGGAGUCAUUUAGAGCCAACUCUUCGACUGUAAACCAUUAUAUUAUAUUUCCCACCACUAUGAGACACGUGCUGUCUUCAGAAUCCAAAAGCUGCUUUAACAACUGACAUACUAAAAAAUUCGAAUCAAAACUAAUCCAACCAGGCCUCCGUUUAUAUCAGAGAGAGGGACCUGUGGUCUGUCUCCCGAACUGUAGAGGGCAGUACGCGCUGUGGACGCGCUGUGGACAGCCCUGGGCCCUCUUGGACGACGGAGUCCCUUAUUCCCAGAUUCCUUUCGUCCUGCUCUCUCCUGGUGACGUCCCAGAGAGUGAAUCUCCCUGAGAUCAGAAGCCCUUUUAGUACCAGUUCAAAGGAACAGUCACGGAUAUUAAGAGCUGAAUUAGCGGGACGUUUUUGGGGGAAUAGGCGGAUUAAGUAAACGUGUUUUUUCCAUCACGGCUCUACUUUACCAUCCAUGUCUUCACCGUCAGAAAAGGGGGCGGGAGGAGUCCGCCGGGCAGUUUUAGCUCACGGGAACGCGGCGGUGUUUCCUGUGGGAGAGUGAGGCUCACAGGCACGUGUGUGUGUGUGUGUGUGUGUGUGUGUGUGUGUGUGAGUGUGUGAGUGUGUGUGUGUGUGUGUGUGUGAGUGAGAGGGGCCUGUGUACCUGUCGUCUGCUCGCAGCUGAAAGCCGAUUGGCUCAGCCAGGCGGCCCGUGUUGCUGGCGAACGGCGUGUGCAGUAGAUCUGAGCUCCUGGCGCGCUGUCAGGACGUCAAACACAGCCACAGCCAGCCUCUCCAUCGCCGUGUCGGGACCCGUUGUGUCUUAAAGGGGAAGUGUCUCCGUUUUAUCAUUAGUUUUUUACCCCCCGUUAUGCAUAGAUGGCUUGCGUUGAGUGCACUUUCUGAUGUUUAGAGUGUGUCCUUGCGAUCAGUGGAAGGGGUAUGGGGAAGCGUGGACUGGGCCUGUGAGCGGUGUGUGUGUGUGUGUGUGUGUGUGUGUGUGUGUGUGUGUGUGUUCUGUUGUGAAGGGCCAAUUUAUAUAUAUAUUAUAUAUAAAUAUAUAUCGAUACGUAUAAUUUUGUAAACAUUUUUUGUAUGUGUAAAAGGCUGCAUCUCGUGCGUGUCCUGGAUGGUUUUGGUUUAGUGUUCUGCAGUACUGACAGGCCAUCGGGAGGAUGGUAGCGCUAUGGAGUAACCCCCCCCCCCCCCCCCCCUCCACCCCACGCACCUCCUGCUCUCCUCCUUCACCCCCGCCCCGCCCCGCCCCCUGGCAGUGGUAUGAAGCAUUGCAACCUUUUGGAGCUUUGUAAAGGUCAUUUAUAAAUUCUAAUUUUGUGUUGUACGUAUUAAAAAAGAAAAAAAAAAGAAAAAAAUACGAAACUGAAAAAAAACAAAAAAAAAAUAAUCCUUUAAGUGUGUACUUGGCAAAAUUGUAUGUUGUUUGUGUUAUGAAAACCAAUAUUAUAGCUUCGUUUUAAAAAGAGGAAAAAAAAAAGUAAAAAGUUAAAACAUUUACUAUAAAUGAAUGAAAAGUUCAGCCGUAAGGAAGCAUUUAUGGUGCCUUACAAAUAAAAAACAUCCAUGGACAUCA